UCCUGUCCUCCUCUCCUUAGUGAGUCCCUGAUCUCCAGUGAAUGAUCAUUGACUGGUGUUUCACUGUCGCUCUGAGACACAUCCAGUUCUGCAGGUGACCUGGAAUGACAGGAUCAGUUAUGAAAACCAGUUGGUCUCACUGUCUGUACUGGGUUGUCCUGCUUAUCCUCCACACCACUGUCUCCACUCUGGAGAGGUUUGAGGUUCUUGGUCCAGCUGAUCCUGUAGUUGCUGUAGCUGGUGAAGAUGUUGUUCUACCCUGUUACCUCAAACCCAGCAUCAGUGCUGUGGAUCUGCAUAUCGAGUGGUUCAGAAUUCAGACCGAAGACCCACUUGUACAUCUUUACCAAGAUCAUGAGGACAGAAAUGAGAAUCAGAUCCCAUCUUACAGGGGAAGGACAUCACUGUUCCCUGAGGAACUGAGGAACGGAAACACUUCACUAAAAGUGAAAAAUGUGAGAGGAUCUGACAAUGGACAGUAUAAAUGUUUGGUCCAGUCUGCAGAAUGGUAUGAUGAUUCUUCCAUCAAUGUACAUGUUAAAGCUAUAGGAACCCAACCAGUGAUCUCAAUUGAGGGAUAUAAAAAAGGAGGGAUCAGUCUGGUGUGUGAAUCUAAAGGCUGGUACCCUCAGCCUCAAGUGGUCUGGAUGGACAGUGAAGGACACAAUCUCCCUGCUGGACACACAGAGAGACACACAGACAGUAUGGACCUCUUCACCGUGAGACGACGUGUUAUUGUACAGGAGACAGAGACCAACAGGUUCACCUGUCGAGUUCGACAGCAAAAGAUAAAUGAAAUGAAAGAGACAAUAACUGACGUUCCUGGUGAGAUGUUCCACCGUGCUCAUCCCUGGAAGGUGGCCUUUGCUGUGUUCUUCUCCCUGGGAGUUCCUGCUAUCAUCAUAUUGGCUGUUUUAAUUCCUCGCUAUAUGAAACAGCAAAGAGAAAAAGGGCUCCUCACUGAACGACUGUCUGUAGAAAACAUGUGCAGGAGAGCUGAACUUCUGAAGGCACAAAGAUACGCAGUUGAUGUGACUCUGGACCCUGAUACAGCAAACCCCUGGCUCAUCUUGUCUAAGGACAAGAAACAAGUGAGAGAGGGAGACACGGGGCAGGAUCUUCCUAACAACCCAGAGAGGUUUAAACAACGGAUAAGUGUCCUGGGAAAAGAGGGGUUUUCUUCAGGGAGACGUUACUGGGAGGUGCAGGUUGGGGACAAGACUCAAUGGACUUUAGGAGUGGUCAGAGAGUCCAUCAACAGGAUGGGGUAUUUUCCACUGAAUCCUAGUGGUGGUCUCUGGGCUCUCAGUCUGUGGAAUGGUAAUGAAUACGAGGCUCUCACUGACCCCCCUGUGUCCCUCCACCUGAGCGUGAAGCCACGGAAGGUGGGGGUGUUUGUGGACUAUGAGGAGGGUGAGGUCUCCUUUUACAGUGUGGAGGACAAGUCUCAUAUCUACACUUUCACUGGAUAUAAAUUCACAGAGAAACUCUAUCCGUACUUCUGGCCAGGCUUCUGCUACCAGAGUGAGAACUCAGCCCCACUUAUCAUAUCUCCUGUCAGUGAUACAGACUGA